AAUCAAAUGUCAUUCAUAAUGUCAUCCAUAAAUCUUUUACCAAUCUCAGGUUUACGGAUUGUUUUGUUUUAGUUUAAAUCUUAAAAAUUGUUUUUGUAAAUAAAGGGUAUAAGUUUUGGAUGCGAGUAUGACUCGUAAUAGUUUAAUGAUGAAGUUCAUAAAGAUUUUGUGUUUAUUCUGCUGGUAUAUUAUUGGUAUUCAAGCGACGUCUCACUGGAUGGUCACUGAAAGUGGUUUAAUUCAGCCCAGGGUAGACUCACCUUUUGAAAUGGCACGUCCGUAUGAUUUAUUAGCAUUCUUGAAUCAAGAUACACGGUGGGAUAAUAUUAUAAAUUUGUACCAUGAUCUCUCAAAGAGACAGAUUGUAAUUAAUAAAUUGUGGGACACGGUGGAGAUGGAUACAGAUGUGAAUAUGCAGUUGUCUUUAGAUCCAAAUUGUGUCAAAGCCGGACAACUGAAUUCUCUAGAUUGGUAUGCAUCUGUUCAGGAGGAUAGCCAAAUAAAAGACGUAGCUGAGGAAGAGCUUUUACUAUAUAAUCCAGCAAGCAACCAAAACACAGAUGUACCGGAUUGUAAGAAAAUAUCUUCAUUGACAUUUAGUAUGUUUGCAUUUGAGCAUUUAGAGAGUAUGAUACACAGAGAGAACUUAACUGCUAACUCCGAAUUGUCUUUACCUGAACAAAUUUCUGCUAUUAUGACAUUCGAACAGUUUGGGCAUUGGGCUGCCACUGCACUUCGUAAAAAUAGUUCCUCAUGGUUGCAUUACAAUAUGGCUUCAUUAUAUUGGAGGAUAAAGGGAAAUGCACCUAAAGCUUUAGAGUGUAGUCGCAGAGCUGUACAUUAUGCACCAAGGAUUUAUAAAGACAUAGCUCUCCUCAAUCUUGGAUCAAUACUUCAUCUUGGUAAAAGAACAGAAGAUGCCAUCACAGUUUUGAGUGCAGCUGUCGAACAUGAUCCAAGAUCUUCCCUGAAUCAUUUCAUCCUUGCCAAUGCUUAUGCUGUUUCUGGAGAUUUUAACAGUUCUCUAACACACUAUGAGUUAUGUCUUAAAUAUAAUCCCACAUUUGAGUUAGCACAGAAGCAUAAAUAUGGAGUGUUGUGUCAUGCUGCAAUGUUGAAAAAAAUGAUGAAAAUUAGACAAGUAUUGGAUUUGCUUCAAGAAGAAUUAAAGGAAUACAAUGGCAGAGAAGCACAUUGGUUAAAAUCGCAGGCUGCAUUUUUGAGAACAAUGCGACAUGAUGAAGAGUUUGAUUUCCGAAAUGUGGAAAAGAACUGUGAAAAAAUGUCAGAACUAACUGGCCUUAAUAUUAAGGAUUUGAAGAAACAGGGUGAUAAAAACUAUUUAAUUCAAUAUUUUCUUGAUGGCCCUGUGUCUGACUAUGAAUGGUCAGACAAAAAGGGUAUAUUAGCGAUAGAAUGGGCUUACAGUUUGCAAAGGUUGGUUAAACAUGUGGAAAAACAUGCUAGCAUGGGACCUAGCUUUAUGCAGCAUGAACAUUCCAAAUUAUUAGAUUUAAAUAUACAGAAAGAAAUUGGCCCGAUGCCUGUGUUUUCAGAUGUAAAAAAUGAUGUUAAAGGCAUACCCUCCAGGGAAGCCAAUGACUUGAAGGUUGAAAUUAAGCCAACAACUGAACAAAAAUCUACAAUUACUCAAUCUGAAUCAUCAGAAUUAUAUAUUGGCCCUAUAUUGUACCCGCCUUCAAUGAAAAUUAAUCGUAAUAUAGAAGACUUCGACAGGGAACCUGACUGGCCUUCAAAUAGACUGUGCAAAGAGACUGCUACAAACAUUCCUGAUAAUUUAGAUGCUGUGUUUCCUGUAUUUUUGCCUUUUGAAAAUAAGGGUUUAAGACUGAGGUCAUUGUUGACCGAUAAAAUAGGCGUGCCAGCCAGCGUCGAACACGAUGUCCCAUGGCAUCCCCCUGUGUGCCCUCAAGACAAAGACUCCACAGCGUUUACUAGCAAGAAAUCGCAAAAACAGCAAAUAGUUACAGAGGUGCAAAAUACAGACUAUCUAAGACAGAAACUCCUUGAAUACGCAAGCGACGGUGACGUAGAGGCUAUGAAACGUAUGCAGGACGCUGAGAUCGGCCAGCGAAUAUAUGCUGUUGUAGAGAUGGAUUUAGCACCAAAAUGGCUCGCUUACACUCUCGCCUCACUGUACUGGCGCGUACGAGGCAAUAAUGCGAAUGCUCUAAACUGCCUUCUGACAGCGAGUCGCUCUGUGGAACAAAAAUACAAGGACAUCGUGCUGGCGUCGUUGGCUUCUGUUUAUUUGGAGAUGGGCUACUUUGAUGAUGCACUAUCGGCAGCCGAGGCAGCGUUCAGAAUUAGUUUAUAUGAGCCUGCUACAAACUUUAUACUAGCCGAGCUGAACAUGCUGAAGAAACAUCGGAAUACGCAUAUAUUCCAUUUGAAACAAGUAAUACGCGUGGAGCCGGGGUUUAUGGGUGGACUUGCCCGCAAACUGCUCAAUGGAUGGGCAUGUUUACUCAAAGACAUCAACUCAGUACACGAAUUAGAUUUAAAUGAAGGAGAUAUUUGUACCAAAGUGGAGCCGGGCAUGAGUAUGGUGUGUGAGAAAGGCGGCACAAAUUGUCACGUGACGAAAAUACAGUGUGUCAGUAGUCAAGAAAGAGAGGGCAGCACACUAGUUCGAAUGUUAGAACUAAAAGAUGACAACGUACAGCGUUCGUCCGAUCAAAUGGACGAUAGCAUAUUCGAUGACUUCAUAGACAAUAUGCCAGCUCAACGAACGAUGAAACAGGCUCACGAACAGAAUUAUAAAACGAUGUUGAAGGUUAUGGACAGUGCUUUACAAGGAUGCGGUCCGAGAGGGUGUAAUGAUAUACAACCGGAAGAUUUAGCAAUGAAAGAAGAGGACUGCACGUAUCAACAUUUACAGCUCGGAUAUUGGUUGCACAUUUUAUGUUUUAAGCAACUACUCACUGACGCAAAUUUGAAAUUUCCAUCGGAGAUAGCAUCGAUGAACCCGUCGAAUAAAAAGAUACCGGAGUGUCGUCUUUUCGAACCCUCUGAGGACUUCUACUUGGAGCGCGUGAGCCGCGUCGACACGGACGGCUGGGAGCCGGUGCUCAGCCUCAUGCACCAGUUCGCCGAGGUAUUCGACUUCUACGACUACGUCACGCUCGGCGCGAAGAUCGCCAAGUACGUUGACUCUAAGCCGCGGUCGUGGGCGGGCGCGGUGGCGGCGGGGUGGUGGUGCGGCGCGGGCGGGCGCGGCGCAUGCGCGGCGCGCUGCCUGGCCGCCGCGCUCGCGCUUGCGCCCGCGCCGUACGCCGCGCACACGCUACGCCCGCUCGCCGCGCUGCUGCACAUGCAAUCAAAACAAAAAGAUGCCAAGGAUAUCGCUUACCUCACCUUCUACAUGCAGCCGAAGAGUAAGAUAGAGGCUUUCCUGGUAGCUGUCUCACAUACUUACAUGGAGGAGUACGAGCAAGCAGUGUGGAUGUACCGGUACGCUUUGACGUUCGACGAUAAGUUCCUGCCAGCUAAGGCGUGCCUCCACGCCACCAUGUGUCUGAUGUUGUUCGGAGAGACCAGUAAGGCCAAGCUUAAAGAAUUAGUAUAAGAUUAGCUCAAAUUAAAUAUUUCAUGCCUCAAAUACUUGACUUACCAUAUGAUUAAAUUGACAAGGUGGAUGUAGACUAAAAUAAUAUAGAACAAGAAUCAAGUAUAAACAAAGAUAAUAUAGGAAAUUGUUCGCGAAUGUCGUAGAGCAACACUAAGAAGUUGCGUCUUAAUAUGUUUUUACUAAUAAAAACUGGUAAAAUAUUGGUAUUGCAGAUUCGCUCGCUUGGUCUAAUCUAAAUCCACCUUUAUAUAUUUUAUAUUUAUAUGAAUUUACUGGGUACAGAGGAACAACACCUGAGUCCUCAGGAAUGGCAACGUAUGGGGGGUAUCAUGGGCGAAACAGUAUACUCUGUUAUGUCCAUAGUACUGCUCACGUCUAUAGGCGACGGUUACCACUUUCCAUCAGGUGGACCGUCAGCUUGUUUGCCAUUUUAAGUUGUAUAUAAAAAAAUCGACUGAAUUUUAAUUCCUUAUCUAUUAUAUUGAAUACUUAUAGAAAUAAAUUAUUGGUUUGAUAUACACCGAACAUAAUAUAAAUUCCAUAGUUAUGUUAAUAAUUUAAGAAAGUCUUAAACUGGUCACUGUUGUACUGUAUUACAUUACAAUCUGUAUGCUAUUAUCAAAUAAAAAGACAUAUUUUAAAAUAUAACAAUAUUUAACUCAUUGUCUAUUAUCAAUCAUAGUUCUCUAUUAAUAUCUAUACAUAUAAAAACAUUAUUUUAGUCUAUGGGUACAUAUUUUAAAUGAAUACUUAAUGAUUGUGAUAGUACAAUAAUUUCAUAUCGUUUAUAAACUAUUAUUCCACUUAAAAACAUGAGUUAUUACAAUAUAUACACAAUAAUUACAAUAAUACUGGCUGAUUUUUAAAUAAACGUUUUUUAGUGUUUUAUAAUAGAAUAGUGUUAUGUGAGUUUAUAGUUUGGUGCCUUUGUUAAUUUUAUUAUUCAUAUAAAAUUACUCUGCGUGUUUCAUUUGAUAUAUUUCGCAUACAUAAUGAGAAAUAAAAAUCAUACUACCUAAUCAUUCCACUUGAUUUGAAGAAAAGUACAGAUGUCAUUAUUUGGGAUAAUGAGAAAUUAGUGUUGGUAUGUAUUUUUUAUUAAGUAUAUAUGUAUGUAUAAUGUAAAAUAUGUAUAAUGUAGGUAAUAUGAGUAUCAUUUGUAUGUUAUUUUUGAAUUAUUGUUUUAAUUAUAGUAUUUAUGCAUGUUUACCAGAGGGAGACUUUGUACAAAAGUCGUUUGCUUGGGUACCUCUGUCCCAUUCGUGUUUCAACCGUAAAGCAGUUGUGUUUGCAUGGCUGUGUUUCGGUUUGAAGGGUGGGAUAUGGCGUGAAUUUACAGGGUACAGAGGAAUAACACCUGAAUCCUCAGGAAUGACAACGCAUGGGGGGUAUCAUGGGCGAAACAGUAUACUCUGUUAUGUCCAUGGUACUGCUCAUGUCUAUAGGCGACGGUUACCACUUUCUAUCAGGUGGGCCGUCAGCUUGUUUUUAGUUGUAUAAAAAAAUUGUAUGAGCAACAACUAUGUCUAUGAUCCAUUAUAUUUUUUAUUUACUGUCGUUGUUCGUGAUGUCACGCAUGGCCACCACAGAAUAUUAGCGCUGUAGCAAUUAAUUUGCUACAGGACAUGCUGUGUGGCGGCCAUGUUGGCAAUAACUAAUAUUUGUUUUCUAUUGUUAAUUAAUGUAACUCUUUUUGUUGUUUGGCAAUAAAUGUUUUCUUUUUUCCUUUCUUCUUCUAA